AUGGGGGGUCGGUUCUACUACCUGAUCCACCCCUCCAAGCUGACCUAUGACGAGGCGGUGGGGGCGUGUCUUAAGGACGGGGCAGAGAUCGCCAAGGUGGGCCAGAUGUAUGCCGCCUGGAAGCUGCUGGGCUACGACCGCUGUGACGCCGGCUGGUUGGCCGACGGCAGCGUCCGUUACCCUAUCUCCCGCCCCCGCCGGCGCUGCAGUCCAACCGAAGCGGCCGUGAGGUUCUCCGGCUUCCCAGACAAGAAACACAAGCUGUACGGAGUGUACUGCUUCAAGGGCCAGCACUGAGCACGCACACGUACGCACACAUACAAAGACAUAGUUAGACACACACACCCACACAGGCAAGCACACACAUACACAUGCACACACAGGCAAAAAAUAUACACACAAAGACCGAUAACACACACAAACACACACAAAUACACACAUGCAUGUUAUCUGUGUGUGCAGGUGCAUAAUAAAGGUGCACACUUAGACACAGGGAGCCCUGUGUU